AAGAGCAAGAGCAACAUUGCAGUAGUUGCACUACAAUCCUUCGUUACAGUCGCAAUCAAAGAUUAUUACAUUUUCAUUGCAAUUCGCUGAUUUGGCUGCCGAAAUCUUGUGAGUGCUAUGGGCUGGAUUUGCAAACGUUAUCGUUGAAAUUGUGAAAAAUUACAACAGAAAUGUCUGGAGAAAGCAGCAGUAGCAGCAGCAGUAAUAGUGGCAGUGCAGAAGCGCCAAGUUAUCAAUCCUUGGGCGUGCAGCACAAUUGCCGCUUCCACCCAAAUCACGGGGAAAAUGUGAAUCUCAUUGAGGAUGGAGUGGUCGCGAGGCGGGACAGCAGCUUUGCUAAUGCCCUCACCUUCAGCGCUUCUCCCAUUCUCCCUGGAGAGCUGUUUCUCGUAGAAAUCGAAUGCAACGAACAGGGAUGGAGUGGAUUUCUCAGACUUGGACUCACGCAACUUAAUCCAGAGACAAUCCACCCGCUGCCACAGUAUGCACUACCAGAUUUGACAAAGAUGGGGCAAACUUGGGUAUAUGGAAUCACUAAAUAUAGAAAUUACGUUUAUCAGGGUGAGGACGCGCACGCUGAAAACCGAGAAAACGAGAAUGACGACAGACAGGAAUACUCGCAGUCCUCAGUUUUAGGCGUUCGGGGUGACACAGUAUUCACCGCCAAAGGCCCUGUUAAGAUGAGUAUGUUGUUGCCAUCGCCAGUGAUGUCCCGCGGCCCUUGUCCCACUGACGAGGGCUCCAGAGUUGGUCUGAUCUAUGUUCCUCGAACCCCUGAAUACGCUGACAUGCACUUCAUCAUAAACGGUGAAGACCAGGGGCCUUGCUGCCGGACAAUCCCCUACCGGUCAGGGCCGCUCUAUGCUGUCAUCGACAUCUAUGGCUCAACCAAACAAGUCCGACUACUACAACUCUAUCAAGGAGUGCCAAGUUUGCUGAACAUCUGCCGGGAAGUUAUAUUACAAACUAUUUCGAACGUAGCCGUCAACAGGUUGCCGAUUCCUCCUGCAUUAAAGGAUUUCCUCCGCUACAGGAUAUAAUAAGCUAGAAAGGAAAAUCUUUACCUGAUUUAAUCAUUGCAUUUAUUUUUCAUUAUCUUAAAAACUAUUAUGCUUCAAUGCAAUCUGAUAUGAUUUAAUAUUGUUAAUUACCGCCAAGAACAAGGAUCGCUGCACGAUUUUUAUAAUUUUAAAUUAUUUUAAGUAUACUAUUUUUAUAAUUGGGUCUGAUGGAACGGCCAAACGAAAUAUAUUUGAAUAAUACCUGAAGUAGCUAUGAAA